AUGAUUGGCACCACGGGUAUCGAAGAGCGCUUCCUCAUGUUGGUGAAUUGCACCGCGGAAAGCGGAUUCCGCCUCCUCUGGCCGCAGCACAAAGCAAGAUUACUGGAACUCGCCCAGAUCAAUUCACCCAAGGAUGAUGCUUCCUCAGUGGAAGACUUUGUUUGGUGUUUGGUGAAACAUUCAAACAAAGCCAUUUGA